UAUGAGAUUUUGGUUAAGCGACAACACCGAAACAUAGUCUGGAAAUCUUUUUUAAAAAAUAAAAAUGAAAAGCUAAAGAAAUCCAAAUAAAAAGGGGAAAUAAACAAAAAAGAAAAACAAACGAAACACCACCAUUUCCGCAGUCUCUUGAUUUCUCUCUCCUCAUUCUCUCUUCCCUCUCUUUCAGCAACAAUGGAAUUUUUGCCCUUCGCCGGGAUCCGCGUUUCUCGAUCACUUCAAACCGCCAUUUCCACCACCAUAUCUCCUCCUACUUCCGUCUAGCCGCCGUCUCGAUCUCCCUCUUCCUCUUUUAUUAGGUUUUUGUUUUUAUGUGCAUUGUUGAAGGAUUUAGAGAUUGGGUAGCGUGAUUUGAGGUUUGAGUGAUUUGAUUUGAUUUGAUUUGGAGGGUGAAAAUUGGGUAACCUCUUAAACGAUGUCGUCGAGAGGCGACCAUCAAACGGUUCCAUUAUCGGUGUUGUUGAGGCGGGAGCAGAAUAGUGAGAGAAUCGAGAAUCCAGAACUUUCGUAUGGUCAAGCCAAUCAAAGCAAGAAAGGCGAGGAUUAUACUCUCGUGAAGACAGAAUGCCAACGUAUUGUUGGCGAUGGUGUCACCACCUUUUCCGUUUUCGGGUUGUUUGAUGGACAUAAUGGAUCUGCUGCUGCUAUAUAUGCCAAAGAACAUCUUUUAAGUAAUGUUUUGAGCGCCAUGCCAACGGAUCUUAAUCGAGAUGAUUGGGUAGCUGCGUUGCCCAGGGCUUUGGUUGCUGGCUUUGUCAAAACGGAUAAAGAAUUUUUGGAGAAAGGACAAGCGUCGGGAACUACUGUUACCUUUGCGAUUAUUGAAGGAUGGUCUAUAACUGUAGCAUCUGUGGGGGAUUCGCGUUGCAUACUUGAAUCUGCUGAGGGUGAGAUAAUUUGUUUAUCUGCUGAUCACAGACUUGAGAGCAAUGAGGAAGAGAGGGAACGUGUUACAGCUUGCGGGGGUGAGGUUGGUAGGCUUAAUACUGGUGGUGGAACAGAGAUUGGUCCGUUAAGAUGUUGGCCUGGUGGAUUGUGUCUAUCUCGAUCCCUUGGAGAUAGGGAUGUUGGCGAGUUUAUAGUUCCAGUUCCUUAUGUGAAACAAGUCAGGCUAUCGACUGCUGGUGGUAGGCUUAUUAUUGCCAGUGAUGGUGUGUGGGACAUUAUAAGUUUUGAAGCAGCAAUUGAUUGUUCUCGUACGAUGUCAGCAGAGACGGCAGCUGUUCAAAUCGUCAAGGAAGCGGUGCAGGUAAAGGGUAUCAGGGAUGAUACGACUUGCAUUGUGGUUGAUAUAUUUCCACCAGAGAAGAAUCUCCCUUCUUUGCCUACCUUGAAAAAACCUGGAAAAGGAGUAUUCAAGGCCAUUUUCAGGAAGAAGUCAGCCGAGUCAACAUCUCAAGUAGAACGAGAGUUUAUUGAACCAGAUGUGGUUGAGGAGAUGUUUGAAGAUGGAUCAGCAUCUCUUACAGAAAGGCUCGAUACGAAAUAUCCACUUUGCAACAUGUUCAAGUUGUUUAUGUGUGCAAUUUGUCAAGCGGAGAUUAAACCCGGGGAUGGUAUUUCAAUACAUGCCGGCUCAUCCAAUCGAAAAACUCGCCCAUGGGAUGGCCCUUUCUUGUGCCAAAGUUGCCAAGAAAAGAGAGAAGCAAUGGAAGGGAAAAGACCAUCUGGAAAUAGAUAUAACAGUGAUAGUGAUUAAUUCCGAUAUAUUAUGCCAGUGAUGGAAGAAUGGAAAAGAGGCUUGUCCGUUACUUGAAUAUAUUUGUUUAACUCUGAUAAAGGAGUUGAAGCAUAUAUUUAGGUUCAUUUGGCUUGGUGGUUCCUCCUCAUUUGAUAAUUGAUGUCAGAUAUAGAAGUGGCUAACCCUAAUUUUAGCAUCUUCUUCUGAGUUCUGACUGAGUAGUAGUUAAGUAUCUCGAUUACGUGAGCUUCCGUUGGAAGGUAUGAUUAUUUCUAUCUCAUUUGCUGAAGGGAGAUAUCGGGUUUGUUUCUGCAUGUUUGGUUAAUGCAGCUGUAUACAAUUAUCCAUACAUAGAGAAUUCCCACUGUAUAGUAUAGUGUAUACUAUUCCGAAAGGGGCGUUGGGGUUGUACUAUCUAUACAGAGUUACGGAGGUACACAUAGGACAAUUUAUAGAGCAAAACUAAUUUAUUAUUUGAAUUCACUCAACCAAUUUGUUGAAAAUAUAGCACUUAUUUGUUUAAGAUUCUUAAGCAACUAGGAAAGCGGUACAUUUUUAAAUACUAGAAAAGGGUUUAUGGUUGUUUUUA